AUGUACGAGUCUGGGGCAUGGUCGGAUAUCACAGUCGAAGCCGGCGACCCCGAGCUUUUCAAGGUGCACAAGAGCGUGAUCGGUUUCGCGUCGCUGUAUUUUGAAAAUAUCUGCAACACAGGCUAUCUCAAAAGCACCGGAAAUCACCUCAAAAUGAGCGAAAGUGAUCGCAUCGUUGAAGCAAUACUGCGACACUGCUACGGGAUUCCAGCGCCUUGGACUCAGGCAGCCUCUUACGAAGCUUCUGGGCCUAAUGGCUGGGCUGAUGUGCGAGAACUAAUUCAGCUUCGCACGGCGGCCAGCAAGUACCAGCUCCGAUCCAUGAUUCGUUCGAUCGAAGAGGCAUUCUCCGCGUUCUUGCAGUUGUUCGUGCGUCAAGAUCGUCUUAGCAACGUUAUGCAGGUCGGUCGCAUAGUCUUCGACCAAAAAGGCCCCGUCCUGAAGGAGAUGCGAAGAACCGUCGUAGGAGUUACCGCAGAGGUGCUAUGGGAUGUCCUCAAGGAUGAUGACUUGUUCGACUGCCUACGCUCACAUCCUAAGUACCUACGUCGAACCCCCCUUCGCAAGAAGGAUUUGACUCAGGGUGGGACUUGA